AUGGAGACUUAUUGGAAAGACUAUACCGGUGAUGAUGAGUCCUUUUGGGAGCAUGAGUUCGGAAAACAUGGUACCUGCAUGAGUACACUUGAACCUACUUGCUAUGACAACUAUCAACCUACCCAGGAGGCCACCGACUACUUCAAAAGGACCGUGUCCGUUUUCAAGACCCUACCGUCGUAUAAAUGGCUCGCUGAGGCUGGAAUUGUGCCAUCGACGACCACAACAUACACUCUGGCCGCCAUCCAGGCUGCGCUGAAGGCUAACUUCGGACAUAACGUGGUCAUUGACUGUAACAGCAAGCACGAGCUCAAUGAGCUGUGGUACCACUUCAAUGUUCGCGGCUCUAUCCAGACCGGAGAGUUCGUCCCUGUCGAGCCCGUUGGCUCUGGUUCGACUUGCCCUUCCACUGGCAUCAAGUACCUGCCCAAGUACCAAACUGCCUCAUCCAGCACAGUCGCGCCAACCAGCACUGGCACAGCUACAACUACCGGCGUUGGCGCCACCUCCAGCACGAGCGCUUCUCCUGUCGCGCUCAGCGGCAAGGGCAUCUUCAACGUCGUGUCUCCCGAUGUCCCGCCCAGCCAGACCGGCGGCUUCCUCAUCAGCGGCGGCACCUGGUACCGCAACGGUGGCACGCCGGCGACUUACACCGCCACGCCAAACGCCGACGGCCUCACUUUCACCUUGAACACCAGCAAGGGGAAAUGCACCAUUCUUGACGACGCGUCCAUCUCCUGCGCGGCGAGCGUUACUGAUGCGAGCUCCUUCGGGUACGAUGGCACCUACCUGACUUAUGACGGGUCCUCGACUUUCUACGCUGCCGCCGUUCCCACCGGCACACCCCAGGUGACUGUGUACACGACCCCUAUGGCUGUGUCUCUGCAGGCUACCUGGGUGGCUAAGUAG